UACCAAUUUGAGUCCGAAGCGCCUCACCGGAUGCGGAGUUUAGUCGGAAGAGAGACGGUGAUCAGCUUGAGGCCGGAACGGGACUGAUUACACCUGCCAAAAUGCUCCAGGAUUUCUGCGCGACGUGGAAACUGGUGGACAGUCAGAACUUCGAUGACUACAUGCAGGCAAUAGGGAUUCCUUUUGCCUCGAGACAAGUGGCCAAUGCUACCAAAACGACACUGAUUAUCCAAGCGGACGGGGACAGAGUGAUGCUGAGAACCCUCAGCACAUUCAGGAAUACCGAAUAUGUAGCGAAACUCGGAGAGGAGUUUGACGAGAUCACGCCUGACGACCGAGAAGUAAAGUCCACCUUCACCGUGGAGGGAGACAAAUUUGUGCAUACACAGAGGUGGGACGGGAAAGAGACCAAACUGAUUCGAGAAAUCAGGGAUGGAAAGCUGGUGAUGACGUUAAACUUUGAGGGAGUCACAGCGGUCCGCACAUAUGAGAAGGUGGACAGGAGGACAUCAUUCAUCCCAGCAAUGUAAACCAACAGAAGGAGCUUUACAUCUUACUUGAACUGAAAAAUAAAAGUUUUUUUUAUAUGUA